UCCGGGAUAAACUACAAGCUGAGUAAAAAGAACAUCAUCAAAAAUGUAAAGCGACGCUCCCUGAGAUUCGCCUCCGACUUCCGAGUGACGUGUAGAUCAAAACAAAGCUGGUGGACGUGGGAGCAGAAGCGUUAUAAACAUAAACAUAAACAUGGAUCAUUCAGGGAAAGAGACAGAAGCGAUGGCUCUGAUCGCUCAGGCUGAUAAGAAGAUGAAGAUGUCAGGUUCACUUUUUGGCACCUUUUUUGGGAGCACCUCCAAAGCAGAAGAGGCUUGUGAGAUGUACGUCAGAGCUGCCAACAUGUUCAAGAUGGCCAAAAACUGGCGAGCUGCAGGAGAUUCAUUCUGCAAAGCAGCAAAACUGCGCUUACAAACCGACAGCAAACAUGAUUCUGCCGUCUGCUUUAUUGAUGCCGGCAAUGCGUACAAAAAAGCAGAUCCUGAAGAGGCCAUCAGGUGUCUUACUCGGGCCAUUGACAUCUACACAAAUAUGGGACGUUUCACGAUUGCAGCGAAACACCACAUCACCAUAGCCGAAAUCUAUGAAUCCGACCUGUUAAACAUUGAUAAAGCAGUUGCGCACUAUGAGCAGGCCGCUGAUUAUUACAAAGGCGAGGAGUCUACCAGUUCAGCCAACAAGUGCUUCCUUAAAGUGGCUAUGUAUGCUGCCCAGUUGGAGCAGUACCAGAAGGCCAUCGAGAUCUAUGAACAGAUCGGAACAUACUGCAUGGACAACACGUUGCUAAAGUACGGAGCUAAGGAUCACUUCUUCAAGGCUGCACUGUGUCACUUUUGUGUUGAUAUGCUAAAUUCCAAGCUGGCUGUUCAGAGAUAUGAGGAAAUGUUCCCUGCAUUCUCAGAUUCCAGAGAGUGCAAACUUAUGAAGAAACUUUUUAAUGCACACGAGGAGCAGGGUGCUGAUGCAUUUACUAAUGCUGUGAAGGAGUUUGACUCCAUUACGAGGCUCGAUCAGUGGAACACCACCAUGUUACUGAGAAUCAAGAAGACCAUUCAGGAUGACGAGAACGAUCUGCGCUAACGUUCCUGUUUCGAUCUAUGCAUAUUUAGAUCUUAUAUAGGCUUGUCAACCUACCUAAACCUCAUUCCUCAGGCUUUAAAAAAUACUCUAAUGAAUGCUAUGAUGUGUUAGUCGUUCAGCUUUAUAAUCCUACUUCAUUUCAACGCACACUGUGAAGCAUUGUCUGAUUCCGUUCUUUUAUUAUUUAUACACUAUUUUUACCCGUAAUGGUUUGGCAUCCGUUUUUAUUGAGGCUGUCACAUUAUAUUCGGUAUCAGUUAAUGAUGGUUAUUUAAAGUGUACAAUUUUUACAUAUUUUACGAAGACGUAAAAUGGCACCAGUUGCUGUUUUCCAGUUUUUCCUCUAUUAAGAAAAAUGGUCCGACUAUUUCAUUUUAAAUCUGAAAGUGCAGAAAUAGCUGGACAUGGUUAGUAACAUAUCUGAAUAUAGGGACAUAUGCUAGUAACUGUUUACUUAAUCUAGUCCUCAUAUAGUUGAUAAAAUGUGUUACUUUAAAGAUAUUUUUUCUCAAGUAAUAGUACUCUUAGUUAGAGAAGGCAUUUCUCAAGUAAUUAAAGAAAUAAUACCUCAAAUAAAACUCUUGUUUAUAAGAUUAAAAGUCAAAUAAAAGUACUACUACUUUGAGAAAUAAUUAGCCUAGCGCUCUAACGCCAUGUUUCGGUUAGGUUGAUUCAUUUGGGUGAUUGAUUUAGUUCACGGAGUCGAUUCUCUCACUGUAUCGUAGUUUAGACACUAAUUCAUUUGGGUGAUUUAUUUAGUUCACGGAGUCGAUUCCUUCACUGCUUCGUAGUUGAGACACUAAUUCAUUUGGGUGAUUUAUUUAGUUCACGGAGUCGAUUCCUUCACUGCUUCGUAGUUGAGACACUAAUUCAUUUGGGUGAUUUAUUUAGUUCACGGAGUCGAUUCCUUCACUGCUUCGUAGUUGAGACACUAAUUCAUUUGGGUGAUUUAUUUAGUUCACGGAGUCGAUUCCUUUACUGCUUCGUAGUUUAGACACUUUAAUUCAUUUGGGUGAUUUAUUUAGUUCACGGAGUCGAUUCCUUCACUGCUUCGGAGUUUAGACAAUUUAAUUCAUUUGGGUGAUUUAUUUAGUUCACGGAGUCGAUUCCUUCACUGCUUCGGAGUUUAGACAAUUUAAUUCAUUUGAGUGAAUAUUCAGUUCACGGAGUCGAUUCCUUCACUGCUUCGGAGUUUAGACAAUUUAAUUCAUUUGGGUGAUUUAUUUAGUCCACGGAGUCGAUUCCCUAACUGUAUCGGAGUUCAUUUGGGUGAAUAUUCAGUUUACGGAGUCGAUUCCUUCACUGAUUCAGAGUUUAUAGUACAUUAUGAUUCGUCCGAAAGUAUUACAGUAUUACAACUCAAAUAAAAGUACUGUGAAAUAAAUCUUGAUCUAUAUUAUUAUAUAAACAAUCGAUUGUUUAUGACAGUAAAAGUACUAUUACCUAGGUGGUUAGGAAUUUGUCAUAAUACUGCUGUUUAUGAAAGUUAAAAGUACUAGUGGAAAGCUACUGUUUACUGUUUAAUGACUCGAUUAAAAUGACUCUCAUGGUAGAAAUAAUUGCUCCAGUAAAAGUGCUGUUAAAGAAACUACUAGUUAGUAGUAGUGUUCAUUAAAACACAAUGCUUAGCUCUGGAAAUUUAAAAUAAAUACAUUAUUAACAUAUAUAUAUAUAUAUCCCAAUUUAGCUUAGUCAAUUUGUCUUCCGCUGCUGGGGGAUCCCUAAUUGCAGUCGAGGUGUGUAUAUAAUGCCUCGUCCGACCUCCUUUUUCACCCAUGCAUUCUACACAGGCGCUUCUCUUUCUGCUAAUCAGGGUCCUCACACAGCGUUUGAAGACCCCCCCCACUAGCAGAAAUGUGUCCGCCGCAGGCAUUGCCAAUCAUGCCCGCUAAAUGGCACCCAGCCGACCGGUGGCAACACCGAGUUUUGAAAUGAGAAGUUCAGAAUCUCGGCGUUGGUGUGCUAGUGGAAUAUCCCGCUGUGCCACCUGGCCCGCCUAUAUUUAGGUUUUUUUUUGUGGUUUUUUUUAAAUAAACAAAUGUUAAACCUUCCAUAUUUCAUUAUUAUUUUUAACACAUUUAACAUUCAGGGUAUUUAAAUCCCAUAUGAAUAGGAGUAUUUUUAUUUACGCCUUUUCAGGACUACAGACAUCUUACAGAACGCUGGUAUAAAUGGUUUAAGAAAAAUAACCUGUAUUGUACUAAUUGCCUGGAUCAAUGAAAAUAUAGAUUGUUCUAACAUGACUGAUGGUUUGUAACCCGUUUUUGUUUAAUUUAUGUCCAUAUUCAACCCUGGAAUAAAUCCCUUGUUAAUUAAAA